CAUUUUGCCAAUGACCUCUUUAUCCCUGAGACCAACCAAAGUGCAUUACUGGCGGGAUAUCUCCCUCAGGAUAUUCUACGUACAGUCGAGCGGGCAGCAGGGCAGAGAUGCUUUGUCUGCAGCGAGAGCAGGGCCGCCGUCACCUGCCAAGAGCCAGGCUGUGACCGCAGCUUCCACCUCCCCUGUGCCAUGGAGGGUGGAUGCAUCAACCAGUACCUUCCCGAGUACAGGUCCUUCUGCUGGGAGCAUCGCCCAGAACAGUUAGCGAGGGUGGCUCCGGAGAAGAACACCACCUGCGUCAUCUGCCUGGACCCUGUGGAGGACACAAUGUCCUACAUGACCAUGGUGUGCCCAGCGUGCAAACACGCCUGGUUCCACCGGGGCUGCAUCCAGGGACAGGCUGUGUGGGAUGACAUUUACUCGUUUUGCUGCCCCCUGUGUAGAGACGAGGAGUCAUUUCUCGCGGAAAUGCUCGUCAUGGGGAUCCGAGUCCCCUUGAGGCGUCCAUCAGCAGAGAGCAGCAAAGACAUCGAGGCUCUAAUCGCGAGGCACAGCUGCUGCGAUGCCAGUGAGUGCCUUUGUCCAGGAGGCAGGGAGCAGGUGGCGGAACACGGGCGCUGGGAGCUGCUCCUGUGCAGCUCCUGUGCUGCUGAGGGCACCCACCGACGCUGCUCCUUCUUGAGGAACACCACGACCCACUGGGAGUGCGACGGCUGUGCAGGCCUGGGCACUGCCUCAAGCGCCAGCUCGGAGAUCACCGGAGCCAGGACUGACAGCCAGGCGGGAUUGGGGCCUUCCCAUGGCUCUCCGGCACCCGAGACCGGCACUGAAAGCCAGGAGGGCAGCAGCCGCUCCAGCCCCCCUGGGCCCGACCGCCUGCGAGAGCGCACCCGGAGGCGUCGUCAGGCCCAGACUCCGUACACUCGGCGAAGGAGGGGCCGGGAGAGCAGCCGGGUGCCAGCACCGAGCGCCGAGAGCAGCACCUCCAGCCAGGCAGCGCUGGGGCCGCCCAACAGCUCCACAGUACCAGAGACCACCAACCCCAGGACGGAAAGCCAGGAAGUAUCGGGACAGUCUGACAUCACCACUUGA